AUGGCGAAAACCAAGGGUUUCAACAUUCUCCACAACCUCAUCGACAUUGCCACCGAAAUCUCUCAAAUCUCCGCCUUCCAUUCCCUCAUCAAAACUCAGUCCUUCGAUCUCAGCCGUAGGAUCACUUUCCUCAUUCCCCUCUUUCAACACCUCGCCAACGACGUCGUUUUUGUUCCUUACGAAACUCUCGUUUCGCUUCAAGAAGCUCUUCUCUCAGCUAAAGACUUGCUUCGGUUUUGUUCUAGCUCAAGCCAGCUCUACAUGAUAUUGGAGAGGGAGAAAGUUAAGUGCAGAUUCACGGAUCUGGCUUCACAUUUUGAACAAGCUAUAAACGAGAUGUCGUAUGACAAACUUGAUAUUUCUGAGGAGCUAAAGGAGCAGGUUGCACUUGUGGUUGCUCAGUUUCGAAGGGCCAAAGAGCAUUUCUAUCCACCUGGUCUGGAGCUUUAUGAGCACCUGUUGUCUAUCUAUAACCAGAACUGUGAUGUGACUACUGAAUCUGAUGCACUGCGUUUAAUAUGUGAAAAACUACAAUUUGUGAGUGCUGAAGAUAUUGAAAAAGAGUCACUUGCUCUUCAUAAGGUGAUUGUUGAUGGGGGUGGUUAUUAUGAGAAAAGCUUGCAGGGAUUGUCAAUGGUGCUGAGAAAAAUUGAAGAUUUUUUGUUGAAGGACUCUGAAAAUAAGGAAGAUGGUUGUUUUGAGAAAAGCACACAGGUGUUAUCGAGUGGGGAUUUCCCUCCUCACACUAAUUAUCCGUGCGUGAAAUUAUGUUGUCAGUCACCAGUUGUGCCAGAGGAGUUUCGCUGCCCAAUAUCUCUUGAGCUAAUGAAUGAUCCUGUCAUCAUUUCCACAGGGCAGACAUAUGAACGAGCUUGCAUUAGGAAAUGGCUUGAUACAGGGCAUCGAACAUGUCCCAUUACUCGGCAGAUUGUUUCCAGCCCCAUUCUCGUACCUAAUCAUGUUUUGUACAACCUGAUAUCAAAUUGGUGCGAGGCAAACGGAGUUGAACCACCUAAAAGGUUAGAAAGUUUACGGCUAUGUAAGGAAACAUCAGAUGGCUCCUCUGAAUUAAUAGACCUUGAUGUCUUAAUGAGGAGACUUAUCUCCAGAUACAUUGAGGAUCAGCGAUGUGCAGCAGGGGAGCUCCGUCUUCUUGCUAAACACAACAGUGAAAAUCGAAAGUUGAUUGCUGAAGCUGGUGCUAUACCCCUCCUCACUGAUCUCCUCUAUACUCCUGAUGCUGGCACCCAGGAGCAUGCAGUUACUGCUCUUCUGAAUCUAUCUAUCUACGAGGAAAACAAAGAGCGCAUCAUGGCUUCUGAUGCUGUGCCGGGAAUCCUUUACGUGCUAAAAAAUGGUAGCAUGGAAGCUCGGGAAAAUGCAGCAGCCACCUUUUUCAACCUCUCUUCAGCAGAUGAGAACAAAAUGAUAAUCGGUGCAUCUGGAGCAAUCCAGGCUCUAGUUACUCUCUUCUGCGAAGGAAGUCAAAGAGGAAAGGUUGAUGCUGCAUCAGCUCUAUUCAAACUGUGUAUAUACCAAGGGAACAAAGGACGUGCUGUUAAGGCUGGUAUUGUACCCAAGUUGAUAGAAAUGUUAACAGAACCAGGCGGAGAGAUGAGGGGCGAGGCAUUGGCAAUACUAGCUGUAAUAGCUAGCCACCCGGACGGAAAAGCCGCAAUUGGAUCCAUGAAUGCUAUUCCUAUUUUGGUGGAACUAAUCUGUAAUGGAUCUUAUAGGAACAAAGAGAAUGCGACUUCGGUGCUUGUAUGCAUCUGCAAAGGAGAUCCACUACACCUACCGAUUGUCGCAUCACAUGAAGUGAUCAAUCCUCUCAUGGAACUGGCCGCAAAUGGUUCAGAAAGGGGCAGGCGCAAAGCUGAACAGCUUCUUGAGCUGUUAGGCAAUUAG